UUAUUAUGCGUCUGGUAAUUUGCGAUAACGUGGACGAUGUCGCGGAGUGGUCUGCGAAAUACGUUUUGAAGAGAAUCAACGAUUUUAAUCCUCAUGAGAACAAGUACUUUGUUCUUGGUCUCCCCACAGGAGGGACACCUUUGGGAAUGUAUAAAAAGCUUAUAGAAUAUUAUCAACAAGGCAAAAUAUCCUUUAAGUACGUUAAGACAUUCAAUAUGGACGAGUAUGUUGACUUACCGAGAGACCAUCCCGAAUCUUACCACUAUUACAUGUACAACAAUUUCUUCAAACAUAUAGAUAUCGACCCGCAGAACGUGCAUAUACUUGACGGAAAUGCGACGGAUCUCGAAAAGGAGUGUGACAAUUUCGAGAAAAACAUUAAAGAGGCCGGUGGGAUAGAAUUGUUCAUUGGAGGUAUCGGACCGGACGGACAUAUAGCCUUCAAUGAGCCCGGCUCGUCGUUAGCUUCUCGCACGAGAGUGAAAACUCUCGCGCAGGACACCCUGGAAGCCAACGCGAGAUUUUUCGGAAAUGAUAUUAACAAAGUGCCGAAGCAGGCGCUAACGGUAGGCGUCGGCACGGUGAUGGACGCUAAGGAAGUGAUGAUCCUUAUCACCGGUUCCCACAAAGCUUUUGCCCUUUACAAGGCCAUAGAGGAGGGCAUCAACCACAUGUGGACGGUGUCCGCGUUUCAACAGCACCCACGCACGCUUAUAAUCUGCGACGAGGACGCGACUCUGGAAUUACGUGUGAAAACGGUCAAAUACUUCAAGGCGCUCAGUGACGUACAUCGCAAAUUGAUUGAGGAAGAUGGAAAUGCAAUCCCCCGUCGCACACUGCAAAACAAUUAAAGCGAACUUGUGGGAUAUUCACAGCAAAUUUAUCGAGCAAGAAGGUCGCCCGAAGUAAACAUUUUCUCACCGUCGGCGAUAACGAAUUUACAUGAGAAGGACAAACAGUCGGGAAGUUUCAGCGCAUGGAAAAGCUACACGAAUAAAGUGAUCGCAGAUCGCACAUUAUGCAAUAGACAUGUAUUUUACGUUCUUUUAUUUUAAUCGUAUUUUACAUAUGAAAAAUUUUAUUAUAUACGCUAUCUUAUACACAACUGCCAUGUGAGUGCCAGAAAGAUAUAUUUUUUAUAUCAUUCUCUGUUAUUUCAGAAAUAAAUUUACUCUUUUUACCGCCGUA